GCUCAGAAUCAGAUCAUAUGCGAGAAAAGAACAUCGUGCGUUUCUUCUUUAUCUUCUAGGAGCCUUGGGUGUAGUGGCGUCACGAGGCUUAGACAAAAGUUCCUGAGUCAUUUUUUUUCAUGGAUGUCUACAGAGUUCUCAUCUAGCAGCAGAUAGCUACACAAUGAAACGCUCCUCCUCCUCGUUCAGCAGACCUCGACCGUCCGCGAAGUCGGCCAAUUUCUUCCGCGGGUCAGCAUUCUGUCAGCUUCUGCUGCAGAGCCAGCUUGUUUUCUUCUUGUCUCGUCUGUCAUUCUGUGUCGUCGUUGCAGAGGUUGCAGUGCGAGCCGAGGAGACGACUGGUAAUAUAAUCGGCAAACUGCAGGAUCGGACGACCGAAGUAGAUUUUCGGGACGCAACAGCGGUGGGCUCUACGGAAAAGGCGACCGAAGUAUUAAAGCUUGCCAGGCUGUUAAGAUAUCGGGCGUGUAAGUUCAAAAUAAGUGGCGCGUAAGCUACUCGUGAAAAGUCUGAAAGCCUGGGAGUUUUGGAGUUGAGGCAACUGCCUCAACUCCCGUGUCUUUGUGCGCGACAAAUACUUGUCGCAAUUUGAGGACGCCGGAUUGUCAUAUUCCGGCGGGCGGUGCUCACAAAAUCGAUUUUGUGAGUACCCGCGGACAGAUUCGAUUUUGUGCGCACCCCUCGGGCACGCAUCUCGAAGAUGCCUCGUCCUCGGGCGGCGCAAAAUCGAUUUUUUUUUGUGGAAGGGUUGCGCGACGCACAAAAUGCGAAAGGGUGCGAUCCCCUGGCUUGCGCGGUAUACUAGUUCAAUUCUUCGCGAUCUAGGGGGCUUGCGAAAUCGAUUCUGUGUGCCUGGGGAAUUGCGCCGCCAACUUUGUGCGGCCUGGGGGGGGGCUGCAGCCUGGAUUUUGCGUGCCUGGGAGAUCUUCAAACUUGGGAUCUGUCACGCGUCUUUCAUUGAAAGAAGCAUGACAGAUCCCAGCGGGCACGCAUACAGCUCGUGGCUGUUGCACUUCCGCCAUUUUUCGUGGCGAUCUUCUCGAUUUUGACCGACGGCAAUCUUGUGCAGAGCGCUCACACGCGUCGGAGGCCCGAGCUCUCGCCCCGGUUUUCGGGGUGCUCGGCUCAUUGCCCUCGAUUUUGGUGCUUUCGAGUCCUUUUCAAUUUUGAUCGAUGGCAAUCCUGUGCGGAGCGCUCAUAUGCGUGGCACCUUCCUCCUUUGGCGUGUGCCGCCCUACACCGGCGGUGCUACUUACACGCCUCUUAUUUGAUACUUACACAGCCCCGCGCUUAACAGAUGGGCAAGCUCUAACCGAAGUAGAUUUUCGGGACGCAACAGCGGUGGACUCUACGGAAAAGGCACGCGAAAAAAUAAAAUGGCUUCGGGAUCAAACGAAGCACUGCACGGCCAUGCUGAUUGGAGGUAUGAGAUAACUAUUAAUAUCAUUGCUGGUGGCUGCUGGUGCUGCACGAAUGCGUCCUUGGUCAAGAAGCCUUUUUCGAUUUAUAUAUUUGCCUCGCCCUUAAGGUUGCUGUUGAUCUUUUCUUGCACUCUCCAUCAUCGUAUCAGGCGAUCGCCGUGCCUGCGGUAUGAUUCCCGAGAUCGACACAGUGGAGCGUUAUUCCGAGCUUGUUCUCCGCUCCCCUCGUCCAUAUCACCUGUUUAUCCUCUUCACUGUGCGGGGCUGCUGCAACCUGCGCAAGGGCCACUGCAGCCGGGAAUGUGGCCGGGCAAUGGAGUCCUUCCAAAAAGUCGCCGCCAGGUAGACUAUGAUGUGGAUGAAAAUGUUCAUACUGACUUUGAACUGUAAAUUAUGAUUUUCACUUGUUUCAUCUGCCUUCUAGCUACUACAACCUCAAAGUCCACAACCUCUACCGGCUCUAUCGCUGAAAAAUCCAUGAAAUCUGAUUGAGGUUCACCCUAGUUACUUUGCAAAGUAAUUAGCUGAGAAUGAGAUUCUACUUCAAUCUUCAUAAACAGCUAUCAUGUGCUGGGUGAGCAUAACGAUAAGGACGACUUGGGAGGACCGUCAAGCGCGGCAGAUGCUGGCCUUGGUCCCCCGGGAGCUCCUGCGAGUGCGUCUUCAAGCGGAGAGCAGCAAGCGGCGUCUGCUGUCGCUUCGGAGAAGCAAGACGUCUUUUUUGCGGUAGUGUAUUGCGAUUCCGAGAACAGCGCCAUGCAGGAAGUUUGCGCCUUCCACAAAUUUGAGAAAGUGCCAAAGCUAGUGCACGCGCGCGGAUCCACCCUGCGACGCCGCAAUGGCACAGUUUCGUUCCGGCCCCAGCACGUAUACGCGGCAGUCGACUGGUCGAACCCGAAUGAAUUGCUGGACUUCGUGAAAUCCUUUGCGCCUCGACCGAGGCUCGAAUUGUACCAAGACCUCUUCGCCCGCCUGCGGAAGAUGGCGCCACUGGUCGGCAUCGGCUUGGCCGCGCUGUUGGUGCUUGUUUUGGGCGCGGCACUAGUACGCUGGGCACCACUACUAAUGGUAGUGGGUGCCGUGGCGGUGCAGUGGUAAGCGGAUUUUUAGAAAAGAUAGAGAUACUUCUUUCUCCAGAAUGAGAAUCUUGCACGGCUUGGUCUAUACUUCUAAUGCGACGGCGUCGGCGACUACAACUACUUUCUAUAGUCGAUAGAUGUCCUGGUUUAGGCUUCAGUAUUUUGAUUGCAGGGUCCUCGUGCAGAAAGUUGAUCGUCCCAGCGCUAGUGACGCGGAAUAAACAAUGAAUUUAAAGAAUCAUCGAUCAUCACUUCAGGUUGGGCUGCAGUGGCCUCACUUACAAUCUGCUCCACGGAAUGCGUUGGACGGGGGAAGCGGGGGAGUACAUUGCGAAGUCGAACCGGUCCCAGUACCUCGGCGAGGGCCUUGGGUGCAGCGGCCUCUUCAUGCUCGGGGGUUUGGCUCUCGUGUUCGCCGUCCAGCUUGCGCGCCAACCCUACGCCACGCAAACGCGGGCCCACCUUGCCACCUUUUUCGCGGCGCUCGCCAUGCUGGUCGGCUUCGCGGCGGUGUGGAACCUGAUGUCGAUCUACGCCACAUACAAGGCCGGGUGGUACACCGCCCCCGGGUUGUUCCCGCUAUCAAAUGCAAAAAUGUCUGGGUCUGGAAGAUUCUGAGACUUGUCAUGCACGUUUUGCAUGAACCAUGAGCAUGAGGUCUGGAAUGCGAGACCUAGCAUGGCAGAUUCUUUGAGGUCUCUAUCAUGCCUUUGCAGCAUGAGAAACUCCCUCUCAAUUUGGUCAAAGGCGAACAGCUUUUGGUACUCACGCAACACAGAUUUUUGCAUCAUUCGGAUUUAGCAUGACAAGUUCUAAAUGUUCCAGACUGACCCAGACAUUUUUGCACUUGAUACCCGCCGCCGGAGUACAAAACCGGACCGGUCGCGCUGGAUCGCGGACUCAGUUUUGUGAACACCGAGGCCAAGGCUUUUUACGAGAGCAGCCGGACGGCGCUUGCGGUGGGGAGUUUUGCGCAAAAGUGGUCCGCAUUUUUUUCCAGUUCGUACAGAAGUGUCCUGAAGAAAGCCAAAAAGCAGUGGAAUUCCAGCGCGAUUGUCGCGACCGCGCACACCAUAAUGAUUGAGUCCUUCGAUUUGGCGUGGGCUCCCGCGGACUGGCUCAUGUCUGCUGAAAGUAGUCGUGGCGGGGCCGGGGGGAAGAAAAACAAGAGGAAAAAGAAGUAAGGGAAUCACCGUCGUCGGAGAAUGUGAACGGCCGCAAAGACGUAUAUAACAAGCUUCCACUCAGUACUGCUCGGGUAAGUACUGCAACGGCACUUCUCCCCUCAACUGCCCACCUGUCUUGUGAUGCCCCGUCAGUUCGAAGAAAAAGAAUGAUGCUGGCAGGCCGGCUUUACCGGGAAUGCACGCCAAAAGAAAAAUCUAACGACCACACGAAGCUUUAGCGGGACCAGCACCAGAGUAGCGCUCCCCGUUGACGCCACAGGACGCACCCGUCUAUUGGCACGUACAAAUCUAAUGAAGCAGGGCCCUUGAGGACCGUAUAUCUCACCACCAUCCCUCUGAUGUUUCCGCCGCGUGCAGAUCACUUUCUUGGAAGGAUGCAACGAACACGAGAAUGCAACGAACAUGCACGUCGAAAAAAGGCACUCCAAAGAAGAAAAAGAGAAGGGAAGCCUUCCAAUCUGAGCAGACCGCGGUAAACCAACGGCCACGCCAUGCGUUGGUGUUCGUGCGGAAAACCUCGUGUGUCUCAUUUCGCG